ACGCUCUUCCACGAAGAAGGUGACGAAGAAGAAAGAAAGAAAGAAAGAAAAAAGCGAAAAGCUCCUCUCAUUGGUCCACUGUUUCCCUCCCUCGCUAUUCGCGUCUCGUAAAUAUCCAAAAUCCUCAUCAUUUUUUGCGAAAUCCUAUUUCAUCCUAUCUUCGCAAUUUGAGGGAUCCAAUUCUUUGAACCUUGCGCGUAAAACUUUGUUAUCUCAAUGCCUUGGUGGAUUUGCUGAUAAGAUGGUUUUAAUUAAAGCUUGCAACUUGUUGGGGGUUUUUUUGGUUGCAAUUGAGAAUCUAGAGAGAGAAUUGCAAGAAUUAUAGAGAGAGAGAGAGAGAGAGAGAGAGAGAGAGAGAGAGAGAGAGAGAGAGAGAGAGAGAGCGAGCGAGCUGGAAAAUGGGUGGUCCGAAAAUGGAAGGGACGUCAGCCCCACCGCUUCGUCGAGACCCAUACGAGGUUUUAUGCGUCACUAAAGAUUCAACUGACCAGGAGAUUAAAACUUCUUACAGAAAGCUUGCUCUUAAGUACCAUCCAGACAAAAACGGAAGUAAUCCCGAGGCUUCAGAACAUUUCAAGGAGGUUGCAUAUUCCUAUAGCAUUUUAUCUGAUCCAGAGAAAAGAAGACAAUAUGAUAAUGCUGGGUUUGAGGCUCUUGAAGCUGAUGGCAUGGAUAUGGAAAUUGACCUUUCUAACCUAGGAACAGUUAACACAAUGUUUGCAGCUUUGUUCAGCAAGUUAGGUGUCCCUAUCAAGACUACUAUUUCUGCUAAUAUUCUUGAAGAAGCUUUGAAUGGAACUUUCACAAUCAGACCUCUCCCUAUUGGAACAUCAGUGAGUGGAAAGGUAGAAAAGCAAUGUGCCCACUUUUUUGGUGUAACUAUCAACGAGGAGCAAGCUGUGGCAGGGAUUGUAAUUAGAGUUACAUCAGUUGCACAAAGCAAAUUCAAGCUACUUUAUUUUGAACAAGAUGCCACUGGUGGAUUCGGUUUGGCUCUACAGGAAGAUAGUGAGAAGACUGGCAAAGUGACAUCUGCUGGGAUGUAUUUUUUACAUUUUCAAGUGUACAGAAUGGAUGCGACUUUGAAUGCGGUACGAGGGUUUUUCAGUUUCCACUUUUUUUCAAAAGUUUCACUGAAUGUGGUAUUGUGGUGGCAGCUAGCAAUGGCUAAGGACCCUGAAGCCGCUUUCUUCAAAAGGUUGGAAGGCCUUCAACCAUGUGAAGUCUCAGUGCUAAAAGCGGGCACCCACAUAUUCGCUGUCUAUGGUGAUAAUUUCUUUAAAACAGCUAGUUACACAAUUGAAGCUCUUUGCACACGCUCAUAUGAAGAUACAACACAUAGUCUUAAGGAUAUUGAGGCGCAGAUUUUGAGGAAGAGAGUUGAGCUACGGCAAUUUGAGACGGAAUACAGACAGGUGUUGGCACGCUUUCAAGAAGUGACGAAUAGAUACAGCCAGGAAAAGCAAUCGGUUGAUGAGAUGUUGAAAGAACGAGAAAGUAUCCAUUCUUCAUUCACCGUGACCAGGUCAGCUGUCCCUGUUACUGGGAAUGGAACUUAUGUUAGUAACGGAAGUAGUAGCAAAAAUUCCGGCGAAGAUUUCAAGGCUGAAAGCCCUGGCGAAGAUGGAAGCUCAGAUUGGAAGGACAAAUCCUUCAACAAGAAGAAAUGGUUCAAUCUUAACCUGAAAGGAUCUGAUAAGAGGUAUGGAUAAACAGGAGAUGUUUAGAUAGUCUUGGCUUGUUCGGGGUUUGGAUUUUCCACCCUGCAUAUGAACACUUGGGCCCGGAUUCCUCUUUAGAUCUGUUCGUCAUUGUUGAUUUUCCCCAGUCCUUCUACCCAGUUUGUUAUAGUCCCGAAAAUAUAGCGCCUGAUGUAUCUAUAAUUUGUUUUUCUGUUUUUCCAAUUGAAAUGGAAUGCGAGUCAGCUUCUAAGUUUAUGUAGCAGCUAGAACAAAGUCUUGAUAAUGUAACAAGAGAUUUAUUCCUUGA